AUGAAAGUCCUAUACCCUGCUUCACACGAGAUACCCAAACUGUCUGAUGACCUUCUCGCCAUCAAAAUUGCCCGCCACUCAACCUGCCUCGCGUGCUCCUCCUGCCCGGGACUCCGACCACCACCAGGCGCAUCAGUUGCGCUCGACUUGGAUGCAUUGCCCGAGACAGAUGGGGGCGCUGCUCAGUUUUUGGACUCAUGUGCAUGCGGACAUGGCCCUGCUGACCACGGUGCGGAGAAGGAUUCGUUAGGGAAGGCUGAAUUCAUUCGCCGGGGUCGUGUCGCGGUCCGACUCGACGAACUCCUUCAGGUGCGGGACGAGGGCAAGUUACUCGAUUUUGAAUACACAAACGAUGACAUCAAUGGUCUGCGGCAGCAAAUGCAACUCCCACCAUCAUCACCUGCGAGCUCAAUAUCGGAAGCCUUAGGCUCUCUUGUACCAUCAUCCCCAGGGAAGCAACCAUUGUCUCCCGCCUCAUCUUUUUUGAGCGAUGCAUUCGACGCGUCGGAGCCUCCGACAAAGAAGCGACGCGUAUCCUUCUCCUCGCUGAGUGGCAAUGACGAGGAGGAGGAUGAUGAAGAGGACAGACCUCUUGCCGCUCGCGUGACAAACGCAGUCAUAUCAGCCACAGUCAAUCAAUCCGAGAAAGGGCCUGCAGCGCGCCACGCAAGAGGACAAAAGCGCAGUGGCAAAAAGUCCUCCAGCAUGAAGUCCAAGGCGCAGGCGCGAACCGCCCCGACGACGAUACCGCCUCCGACGGACGAAGAGAAGGCUGAAAUGAGCCGGCCUGCUGACGGUGCUAAUGGGCACGAAAUGAAAGUCAAGGUCGAAGACAAGAUGGACGAAAGCCAAUUGACGCGUUUGGCCACGGGUGUGACUGUCGACGCUGGCGGGGCGGCUUUAUCUGCGCCUCCUGGAAAGCCAGAGAAAGUCGCCCAUAUCGAGCUACGGAAAGGAAUCAUCAAAAUCAUGGCAGUGGAGAAUGACUGCACUCCUCGCUCGCUAGUCAUCCUCACUGGCCUGAAAACCCUUUUCCAGAAGCAGCUACCGAAGAUGCCACGCGAGUACAUCGCCCGGCUUGUCUAUGACUCGAAUUCCAAGUGUCUGGCGAUCUACAAGCGUGGCUACAAAGUCGUUGGAGGGAUUUGCUAUCGACCGUUCCCUCACCGUGGCUUUGCGGAGAUUGUGUUUUUUGCUACAACCUCCGUUGACCAGGUCAAGGGCUACGGGUCAAUGUUGAUGGAUCACUUUAAAGCGCAUAUACGCCGUACGUAUCCCGACAUGUGGCACUUCCUCACAUAUGCCGACAACUACGCCGUCGGAUACUUCCGCAAGCAAGGGUUUUCUAAGGAGAUCACGCUCGAUCGCUCGGUGUGGGCGGGGUACAUCAAGGAUUACGAGGGCGGAACGAUCAUGCAGUGUACCUUGCUACGCAACGUUGACUAUCUGAAGACGAGGGAUAUUAUUGCGCAGCAGAGGGAGGCAAUUCUGACUAAGAUUCGAGAGAUGUCGCGGAGUCAUAUCGUCUACGACGGUCUGCCUCAGUUCAUGGAGGGUGAAGGGGAGGGCGUAACAGUCGAUCCUAAGGACGUGCCUGGCUUGAGGGAAAGUGGAUGGACUCCCUCUAUGGCGGUGAUGACCGCACGCCCGGUCGGGAGGAGCGCUGAGCAUAGUAUUAUGGAGAAGCUCCUCUCCGACCUUCGGAAUCAUACCCAGGCGUGGCCAUUUCAACAGCCCGUCACUGCUGAAGAGGUCGCAGACUACCAUGAGAUCAUCAAGAACCCCAUGGAUUUUAGUACAAUGGAGCACAAGCUGGAGACAAACCAGUACCCAAAUCUCAAUGCGUUUCUUGCAGAUGCGCAGCUUGUGUUCGACAAUUGCCGGACGUACAACCCAGAGGGAUCAAUAUACUGGAAGAACUCAAAUAAGUUGGAGAGGGUUCUCAAAGAGCAGGUCGCGUUGUACAAAGUCAAGGAGGAGCAGACAUGA